AAUCCCAUAGAAGAAGAAAUAGAAGAUUCAACAUCAUGGCCGUUGCCGGGGUUAUUGAUGAGCAUGGAAGAUUUCAGCCUAUGUUGGCUUUGCAGGAUUAUAGUAAUUCUUCAUUUGGAGGAACUGAUACAGACAUCAACAUCUCAUGCGGGGAAGGCGGCUACAACACGAAGUCCGAUUCCACCAAUCCAACCCCAAAUUCAACACCGACGCCUGUAUCCAUACUCGCGCGCAUAUCGCUCAUACCAGGUGGUGAGCGACACGAAUUAUCGCACUCUCCAAUUGUUAAAAAGAAACGACAUGUUUGUACGUUUGAUGGCUGUGUCAGGGCCUACGGAAAAUUGUCUCACCUGAAGUCGCAUAUAAGGACACAUACAGGUGAGAAGCCCUACAACUGCUCCUGGCCCAACUGUGACAAGAAGUUCUCGCGUUCUGAUGAACAAAUCCGCCACCUGCGGACUCACACGGGCGAGAAACAGUUCCAGUGCCCACUGUGUGCCAUGCGCUUCAUGCGAAGCGACCACCUGCUUAAGCAUGCCCGCCGCCACCCUGGCUUCGAACCAUCCAUGAUCAGCCACAAGGGUAACCCAAUAAUGGACUAAAGGAGCCUAACAGUACUCCUUAUAGUCCAAGGACAUUACAGGCUGUUUAAAGGCAAAUUGGCUCUGGAAGCCAAAACAGCCAAAUACUCAAUCUAAACGUGAAUUGAUUCUCAAUUGCCGUACGGUUCUAGAAACAUAAAUCCCUUUAUUUUCAUUUCACAUCAAAAUAAUUUAACAUACUCACUGUUUUAACUGAGGGAGGGGGGGGGGGGGGUAGGGCCUGGGGUGUAUUUAAUAGAAAAACAUUUUGCAACAGUUUACUCCAAACAGAAAAUGUUUUGAAAUUAAAAUGAGUUUCUGUUGGACAAAUUCAGGUAGGCCCCUCCCUAUGUCGUUCUGUUUGGUUCCUAGAGUAAACGGUAACCGUUGUAAAAGAUUUUGCAACAGACCAAACGUUUUGCAAUUGAAUCCGACUAAUGGCUAGACCCCUGGUCAGACCAAUGGAUCUCCACUGGAAGCAGAUGUGUGGGAUAGGAGUGGAAGAGGUUCUGUACCCAUACCCUGGUCCCAGAUCUGUCUUAAGACAACUCCUGUGACUAUUGUCAUAAUACCCUACAUUCAUGUUUGGCUUGACAAGGACCACACGUGGCACAACAGAGUUGGCUAAAUCACACAUACAGAUGGGAUCAGGCUACUGUAGCCUACUUCACUCAGCCUGUCUCAGAUAACUCAUCUUGUAUUAUUGAUGAUCAAUGCUAACGUUAAUGCCAAGAUAAUAGGUAAUAUUUAAGGUUUGUACGUUUUAUAGCUUUUGGUAUAGUGGAGAUAAUAGUAAGAUUACUGUGGAUAGCAAUUGUUUAUGGAACAGUUCUUAUAUUUGGUCAACUUACUGCUGGUACUGUACUAUAGAUGUGUUAAACCUUUGUGUUAAACUGAGCUCUGAGAUCAAUAAUGGCACUAAGUGUUUUUAUGAUUUAUUUUAUCCCUUUGGUGCAAAUUUUCACAACGCUUUGUACCAAACUCAAAACAGAUCAUCAAAAAGGCAGUUUCACAAAGUCUCAGCACAUUAUUCAAUUGACUAAUUACAACGCAAUCAUACAGUCCGUUUUCAAACGGAAUCAUCUAGAAAUACAUGUUCAUAUGAAGUAAUUGCCUUUCACAAUGCAAUGCUCACAUUACUUUUGUUUAGUUUAAAUACAUAUCAUUGACUUAAUCAGACUGCUCUUAAUUGAUAAUCACUUAACCAUUUGGUAAACCUAUAUAAUUGUUUUGAGAAUAAUGAAUGUAUGUUAUACUGUAAUGUAAUAUUAUGAAUGAUUUUACUUCAGUAAGUUAAAAUAAAUCUGAUAUUAAGAUCAGAUGUAUUGUAUGUAAUGCAUCCCCUAUACAGUAAACAUGUAUACAACAUGAA